AACAAAGAGUGAAGACGAGCGAAGACAUGAACAAUCCAGGAGUUUCCUAACGGAAAUAUUUAAAUAUCUGCUCAUCGUUUUAUGAAGCAUUCCCAUGGAAUGAAUGGACAACUGGACACAACUUCAGUCACACAGGAGCGGAAAGAAUGGCAACCUUCAAAAUAAACUCCACUUUGAUUCUUCCAUUAACAUUAAACUGCUUCCUCUGGUCUUCAGCUUCAUAUAUUCAGAGCAGAGCAGUAUCCGACACACCAAAGAAGCUUCAGUAUCUCCUUGAGCCGCCUGUCCGUGUAGAUGUCGAAGGCCGAAGGGGAGAUAACGUCACGUUGCCGUGCAUCGUUAGAACCAAACCGAGCCAUUACAAAAUCAAAUGGACAAAACUGGAGCCUGAGCACAACGGCCAAGAGAACGUCAUCAUGAUAUCAAAUGCAAAGGCCUUCAAGCCUUAUGGCCUUCUUGGACAGAGGGCUUCUCUCCGGGGGGCUCACGCCAUGGACGCCUCUCUGCAGCUCAGCCGUCUUAAACUGGAAGACGGUGGCAGGUAUCGCUGUGAACUGAUAAAUGGCAUAGAGGAUGAGAAUAUUAUCAUUACGCUGAGGAUUGAAGGUGUUGUCUUUCCAUAUCAAAGUAAAAAUGGCCGCUACAGGUUUUCAUACUAUGAAGCCAAGGAGGCCUGCUCUGAGCAAGAUGGCACCUUGGCCACAUACAGCCAGCUCUACAAAGCUUGGACUGAAGGUUUGGACUGGUGUAAUGCAGGUUGGCUUCAUGAUGGAACCGUUCAUUAUCCCAUUGUUCACCCCAGACCUGUCUGUGGAGGAAAUCUACCCGCAGGCAUUCGCAGUUAUGGACCAAAAGAUAAGAAACAUGAUUGGUUUGAUGCUUUCUGUUUCACUUCUCAAACUGUUGGUUCUGUCUUCUACAUAUCUGGGUCCUUCUCCUUUGACCAGGCUGUGCACGUCUGCAAACAUCAGGGUGCGGAGCUGGCUUUGGUCGGCCAGCUUUAUGCCGCCUGGCGCUUCCAACACUUCGAUCAGUGUAAUGGUGGUUGGCUUAAAGAUGGCAGCGUACGGUUUCCCAUUAACAUCCCAAGGAAAAAUUGUGGAGGCAUCCCGGAAGCAGGGGUGCGCUCAUUUGGAUUCCCCCAUAAAACAACACAUCUUUAUGGAGCUUACUGCUAUAGGUAA